AUGGAGAGGUCCCUGGGGGAGCCCAACGUGACCGCGGUCCCCGGGUUUGUCCUGCUGGGCUUGUCCACAAGCCUCCGUCUGAGGGGCGUCCUGUUUGCCGUCUUCCUGACGCUCUACCUGCUGACCCUCCUGGAGAACAUGCUCAUCGUCUACCUCACCUGCAGCCACACGGAGCUGCACAAGCCCAUGUACUUCUUCCUGGGCAACCUGAGCUGCCUGGAGAUGUGCUACGUGUCGGUGACCAUGCCCAGCCUGCUCGUGGGGCUGAGGACCGGGCCCUGCCGUGUGCCCUUCACCGCCUGCAUGACCCAGCUCUUCUUUUUCAUCUCCCUCAUCUGCACAGAGUGCACGCUCCUGGCCUCCAUGGCCUACGACCGCUAUGUGGCCGUCUGCCGCCCACUCCACUACCCGCUGCUCAUGCGGCCCCAGGUCUGCCUGGGCUUGGCCGCGUCCUCUUGGCUUGGGGGGCUGCUGGUCUCAGUGAUCAAGACGUCGUGCAUCGCCAGCCUGUCCUACUGCGGCCCCAAUGUCCUCAACCACUUCUUCUGCGAUGUCUCCCCUCUGCUCAACCUGUCCUGCACCCACGUGGCCCUGACGGAGCUGGUGGACUUCAUCUCUGCCAUCGUCAUCCUCUGGGGCUCUCUCCUUGUGGCCAUGGCCUCCUAUGUGGCCAUUGGUAGGGCCGUGCUCUGCAUGCCUUCAGCCGCUGCCCGGCACAAAGCCUUCUCCACCUGCACCUCCCACCUGGUGGUGGUGGGUAUCUUCUACUCAGCCACUCUCUUCAUCUAUGCCCGUCCCAACCGCAUAGAGGCCAUGGACUUCAACAAGGUGCUGUCUGUCAUCUACACAGUAGUCACCCCCAUGUGCAACCCCGUCAUCUACUGCUUGCGGAAUAAGGAGGUCCAGGCAGCAUUCCACAGAAGCCUGCAUGUGGCUGAAGGAAAGUCCCCCCCGCACAAAGUCCCCUUCCCUGUGGGUCCACAGCAUUCUGUCUCUGAGCAGUCUAGUCUCUAA